AUGGAUUAGAUUGUUUUAGUCUCUGAAAAAGAUCAGAAAGCAGGUUUCACUUGAGUUUCUUUUGGCUUCAUGUACAAAUUGCUGAAUUCAUAGUAAAUUUAAACUGAAUUUGCUAUGGGUUUGGGCAAUGAUCAUGAGAAUCAAAGUAAUACUCAGCUCAGAGAGAAGAUUUUUGUUUACCUUGAACGAUUUUACUGCAGUAUCAUUGAGAAAACGCAGAGUUCUGGAAACAUACUUGUUCAAUUUUGGGUAGCAGACAUUGUGACCCGUGCAAAAGGGCGACAGUAUUGUGAGCUUAGAACACAGAGCCAACUAUUUUACCAUGAUCAGUCUGAUGACAGAAGGCUUCUAUCAUACAGAAAUCAUGUAGUUGCGCGUAGUUUUAGAGUUUCUGCAGGGCAAGAAGAAGAUGAAGGCGACGAUGAAAACUGGCAGGAGCUACUUGGUAUUACUGGCAGUGUGUUUAAGAAUAAAAAGGCUGAAGUCAGUCCCAGAAUUUCUCAUUAUUCUACAGAUGAAUAUCCUGAGAGAGAUUUUGCAUUAAGUUGUGGGAUUCAGGCUUCUUUGUGUCUGCCUCUCUUUGCAACUGAUGAUUUUUCUGGCCACCCCAAUGGUGUCAUUGAGCUGGUCUUUACUUCUGAGGAGGACUUUCAUCAUCUCAAGCCGUAUAUAUACUACUAUUAUUCUGUCCACAGUACACUGCGAAUGCCAGAAGUGAAAAGUAUAUUAAGAUCCAACAUCUCCUGCAUAUCUAUUUCACCAGAUAUAUUAAACGAAAUUGAUCAUGUGUUGGCGGUGGUGAGUGAGACGUUCCAGGUACCUCUUGCUCAGUGCUGGCUGAGUAGAGAUCAUAGUGUAGGAGAGUAUACAGUCAUCAAUCAAAAAGGUUCUCUUGAUUAUAAUAACUUAGUGCCAUGGAGUAAGUUUAAAGAAGCUUGUUUACAGUCAUAUCUUGACAUGGGUGAUGGCCUUGUGGGCAGGACCUUUAUGUCCCACACCGCCUUCUUCUGCAGUGAGAUAACAAAACUCAGUAUCAGAUCUUACCCCUUGGCACACUAUCUAGGAAACUGUGGCUCGGUUGAUUGUUUUACAAUGUGUUUGCAUAACUAUACAACAGGAGACAAAGACUAUGUCAUUGAAUUUUUUCUGCCUCAUGAGCAAAUGGAUAGUCAGUGCCCUGAAAGCUUGUUGAACUCUCUAUUAGAAACUUUAAGACAACAUUUUAAAACUUUUGUGCUAGCUUCAGGGGAGAAAUUAGGAACAGAGAUGUCUGUUAAAGUUAUUGACUCUUUUAUGUAUCAUGAAUCUGAGUCGUUCAAGAUUGUUUGUCCUAAUCUAUCUUUUCCUCGCCAAAAAAUACAACAGCCUGGAAGGGGUGUAUCCUGGCUUACUCCCAGUGCUUGGAAAUUGCAAUGGGAUACUGACACUAACUUCUUGUUGAGUGUCCCUUGCUUAUCGCCUUUAGGAUCACCUAAGCGACUUGACCAGAAUGUUCAAGUCAUAGAAACCAGUGGCUCUUCCAAUAGCUUUUCUGAAGAUGUUAGCAAAACAGAAAUUCCAACAAGAAUGAAGAUCAACAGAAAUGUAUUGACAGAAGAAUCACCGGGAGAAGAAUCUCAGCCUCUAACUUUCCAAAGCAAGAAAACUAUACCACGACAAGAAGGCAAAGAAGGCACACAAUUGUUGGAUCCUUUAGCUCAGCAACUUGUGCUGGAUGAUGCUCUUCAAAGUCAAAAGAAAGGGCUUGCUUUGGGCAUGGAAAAUUUUAACACAGACAUCCAUAUUGUAAACAAAACACGCAUAGAGGUUACGUCAGAUAGAGAAAACAAUUCUGAAGAAAGUAUCAGUUUUGAGAAUCUGCGCAAGCAUUUUGGAAGACCUCUAGAUGAUGCAGCAAAGAGCUUUGGUGUCAGUCGAUCUACAUUCAAGCGUGUAUGCAGAGAUCAUGGUAUUAAAAGGUGGAAAUCUGGAAAGAGAAGGAUGGGCAAAAACAUUUCCUCUAAAUUGGAGGGAGAAUUAAACGACGAGGAAUCAAGUAAAAGAAAUUUUAGUCAUUCAGGUAUGGCUCCUGUGGAAGAUAGAACUGUUGUUGCUCAUAAAAUCCAGGACACGAACAAGAUGACUGUGAAGGCCACAUAUAAUGGUGUUACCAUAAAGUUCGAACUUUCUAAUUUAUCAGGAAUUACAGAGCUACAAGAUAAGGUGAUUGAGAGGCUGCAGGUGGAGAGAAAAUGUUUCAGUAUCAAGUAUCAAGAUGACGAGGGUGACUGGAUAUUAAUUGCUUGUGACAAGGAUGUUCAGGAAUGUAUAGAAAUCUCAAGAUCAUUGAAGAAAACAACUAUCAGGAUGGUGAUUGAUCCGCCUAUUAUUCAUUAUGCACCUUAAACCAGAAGAACCUUUCUUCUUUCCUUCUCCUCUAAGAUAUAGGAGUUCAGAUUAAUCUGACAUAUUAUGUGACAUGUUAUUUUACUACAAGGCCUUUCCGAGUUCUAAUUCUGCCAGCUGCGUUCUGUUAACAACCUCAAACGCCUGUUAUGAGCAUGAGAAGUUGUAUGGUAGAUAUGUGCUUGAUUCACAAAUAUAUUGCAUUAUUUUACAUGUAAUAGGCUUAUUGUUAAAGAAGGUACGCAAACUUGUCAGAAUCUGUAAACUAAUAUAUGCUCAUCAUCCCUUUUUAA